AUGGGAUAUAAAGAUGAAGAAAUGACGCAUCCAACUUACAAUAUACACGGAUUCGAUAAAGCAGUUACAAAACCAAAGGGAGAGAUUAUACAGAUAACAUUACUAGGAGAAAUAGACACAGAGGUGACAUUAUGUGUGGUUGAUAUAGAUUCACCAUAUAAUAUGUUUCUAGGAAGACCGUGGGUGCACGCGAUAAAAGUUGUAGCGUCAACACUAAAUCAAUGCAUAAGGUUUCCAAUUCCAAGUGGAAUAGGUGAGAUUAAAGGAGAUGUUGCAGAUGCGAAGCAUUGUAAUGAAAUGGAUGUAAAGAGUUAUGAAGGUCGUGCGAAGGAACGAAAAUAUCAUUGGAAAGGGGCAAAAGAAUUAAAGAAAGAAGAAGAAUUUGGCAUAUACAUGAUCAGAGCGAAGAGGGAAAAGGAAUUCUAA